CUGCGAAUCCGACUGCGAAGAUGAUGACGGGGCGUCCAACCCCAUCCACCACCGCCAGCAUUCGCAGAUGUUGCCUCUUGUUACUCAUACCAGCAACUCUGCUCAGUCUUGCAUCGCUGACUGCCGCCAAGCCGUGUUCGCAUGACGGAUCGCGCCUCGCUCGCGCUUCCCUAGAACGACUUGUUGGCAGCAGGACUGACUUGUUCGACUGGCCGCCAAGCUGCCCGCUGCACCCUCUGCGCGAUGUGCACUUUGUCUCGCAGCACAAACGUCGCAUGACGUCCUUCUCAAAGCAUCAAUGCCUGGUUUGCGGCAAGGGCUUUGACACUGCCGAGCACCUGGACGACCACUUUGACCAUCGCCACCGCGACCUCGAAAUUCAGUCACAACCAGUAUGCCUGGCGGAUUUCUGCGACGUGCUCGGUUGCUACACACAGUCCAUUGGCCAGAAACCAGAUUGCAGCAACUCGAGCAUCCACCAUCUCCACUUUAAGUGCGGAUCGCUCUUCCGGAGCUGUCUAUCCUCUGAGCUUUCUGGAUCUGCAUUGACAAAUCAAGUCAAUGCGUACUGCCAACAUCUAGACUGCACACCAGCUGCACUCGACCAACAAGGUGCCGGAGACUUUGUGCUUCCGAAAAGCGCCGCGCCACCAAAGUCACCGACUCUCUCCCGGCGAAGAGACCUUUCCCGGAUGCAACUCAUAGUUGGCAUUGCAACAGUUGUUCUCAUCGUGGCCAUUGCCGUGGUCAAGUUCAUUGAGCGUCGAAGAGGUCGCGCAAAUCCGCAGUGGGACAGUACAGGCACCUUUGCAAGUGCACGCGAGCAGGCGAAAGGGCUGACAACGGGCACACGUGCGAGACUUGGCAAUUCCAGCUCAUUCGCAUCGAGCUCGUCUCGAUUGGGCGACGCCCCAGCAGCCAAGCCUUCGACCGCCUUUUCCGAUACGGUCGGCUGGUUGCGACAGCGACAAAGCCAAGGCCAGCACCAGUCACAACAAUCUGCUGUUGUGUCAUCCAGUCGAGAGCCUUCCGAUCCAGGCAUCUAGCCCUGGUUCUGAAUUCUUGUUUGAUGUUCACCAAAAAAAAAAAAAAAAAAAAAAAAAGAAAAAAAAAAAGCAUCACCCAGACUUGAACA